AUGGCCAGCUUUGACAACAACAUCACCAGCCUAACCAAUUUCAGCGCCUUCUACUGUCGCUUUCAAGAAGACUUUAAGUAUAUUCUCCUCCCUGUCAGCUAUGCCCUGGUCUUUGUGAUUGGCCUGGCGCUGAACGCCACAGCGUUGUAUGUGAUUGUGUUCCGCACUAAGAGCUGGAAGCCCUCCACUAUCUACAUGUUCAACCUGACCAUGUGCGACACUCUGUACAUCCUCACUCUGCCCUUCCUCAUCUACUACUACGCAGAUGAGAACGACUGGCCCUUCGGUGAGCCGUUCUGCAAGGUCAUACGCUUCCUGUUUUACACCAACUUAUAUGGUUCAAUUCUGUUCCUGUGCUGUAUCAGUCUGCAUCGCUUCGUUGGCAUCUGCUAUCCGGUCCGCUCCCUCUACUGGGUCAGCGCUCGUCUGGCCAAGCUGGUAUCUGUGGCGGUGUGGGCCUGUGUUUUACUCUGCCAGGCCCCUAUUCUCUACUUCUCAAGAACUAGGGAUUUGGAGAGUGUGCGGAUCUGCUACGACACAACUAGCCCGGAGCUCUUUGACGACUUCCUGGUGUACAGCUCAGCCGUGUCAGUGCUCAUGUUUGCCCUGCCCUUCAUGGUGGUGAUGGUGUGCGAUGGCCUCAUGGUGGGGAAGCUUCUGGAGCCUGGCUGGGGGUCCGAAGGGGGCGAGAGGGGGGGCGUGUCAGCCCAACGAUCCAAGCAGAAGUCGGUUAAGAUGAUCAUCGUUGUGCUGGCAACGUUCAUGCUCUGUUUCCUGCCCUUCCACCUCACCAGGAGCCUUUACUAUUCUUUUAGAUACCUAAGGCAGGUCGAUCCUUCACAGAUCAGCUGUAAGUUGCUGGAGGCCUCCAGUGUGGCCUACAAAGUGACCCGACCUUUGGCCAGUGCCAACAGCUGUGUGGACCCCAUCCUUUACUUCCUGGCUGGGCAGGACGUCCACAGUAACCUCACCAAGAAGAUCAGGUCAUCUUCAUCGAGACCAACGAGCGUGACAAAACGCUUGACAACUCAACUCUGA